GUUGCAGGCAGAAGAUCGGGGCACAGUUCUUAUUUUACAUUGCCAGCUGUUUGUUGUCUAUUGCACAUCAUCAAUAACAAUUUAUAGCAUCUGGCCCAAGGAUCAGCCGAGAGAGAUGGUCAAGGCUGCAAAGGGAACGUCUGCCUGAGAUUUGAAACCGAGACAAGGGUAAUUGGCUCUAAAUGAGAAUAUGGCCAAUGGUAUUGAAGAUCUUAUUGGGAUCCCAUUCCCAAACCACAGCAGUGAAGUCCUUUGCGGUUUAAAUGAACAGCGGCAUGAUGGUCUACUCUGCGAUGUCAUCCUCAUUGUCCAGGACCAGGAGUACAGGACCCACAGGUCUGUCCUUGCAGCCUGCAGCAAGUACUUUAAAAAACUCUUCACUACUGGCACUUUAACAGACCAGCCCUAUGUUUACGAGAUUGACUUUGUCAAGCCUGAAGCACUUUCUGCUAUCCUAGAGUUUGCCUACACUUCAACCCUCACCAUCACCACCUCAAACGUCAAGCACAUCCUCAACGCAGCCAAGAUGCUGGAGAUCCAGUGCAUUAUCAAUGUAUGCCUUGAAAUCAUGGAGCCUGACAGAGAAGCUGAAGAGGAAGAUGAUAAAGAGGAUGAAGAUGACGAUGAUGAUGAAGAAGAUGAUGAUGAUGAAGAGGAGGAGGAGGAGGAAGAAGUGGAAGAUUUUGUGAAUCAGGAGAACCUCACGGAUGUCCAAGAAGUAAGCUGUCACCAAAGCCCUUCAAAGUCUGACCUUACCGAAGAAACAUAUACAGAAGCACCUAGAGACUUCCCACACCAUUACUCAGCCCAUAGCUCUGCUGGCCACUUGGGUAUGAUACGAGACUUUUCCAUCGAGUCAUUACUAAGGGAAAAUUUGUACCCUAAAACGAACAUUCCAGAAAGGAGGCCAGCCCUAUCUCCCUUCACACCAGACUUCUUUCCCCACCUGUGGCAUGGAAAUUUCAGUUCCUUUUCCCAGCUAGAAGAGCAGCAAGUGGACAAUGGCCCUUUGGACCUGGUGAUCAAAAAGAGGAAGAUUAAGGAGGAGGAGAAGGAGGAGCUCCCUCCGGCUCCUUUCCCAAAUGACUUCUUCAAGGACAUGUUUGCCGGCAAUCCAGGAGGUCACUUGGGGCACAUUAAGGCAGAGAACGACUAUAGCGCUUAUCUCAACUUUCUAAGUGCCACCCAUCUGGGAGGAGUGUUUCCUCCAUGGCCCCUGGAGGAAGAAAGGAAGAUAAAGCCCAAGGCAUCUCAGCAGUGUCCGAUCUGUAACAAAGUCAUCAUGGGGGCAGGGAAGCUGCCACGGCACAUGAGAACCCACACAGGAGAAAAGCCAUACAUGUGCACUAUCUGUGAAGUUCGCUUUACCAGGCAGGACAAGCUAAAAAUCCACAUGCGGAAACACACAGGAGAAAGGCCAUACCUCUGCAUACACUGCAAUGCCAAAUUCGUGCACAACUACGACCUAAAGAACCACAUGCGCAUUCACACGGGUGUCCGGCCUUACCAGUGUGAAUUCUGCUACAAGAGCUUCACUCGCUCCGACCACCUCCACCGCCAUAUCAAGCGGCAGAGCUGUCGAAUAUCGAGGCCCAGGCGGGGGCGCAAGCCCGCCGCCUGGAGGGCGGCCAGCUUGCUGUUUGCACAGAAUGGCCAGCCAGACGAGAAAGGCUUCAUGAUGCCUCCAACUCUGGAGGAGAUGAGCAGCCAUCUUGGCACCACGGCCAUGUGCCUUCCAGGCCCCAGCCACAAGCACUUCAUGAGUGGGGCCAAGAAUGCUCUAAACCUGCAAGAUCUAGAGAGCCAGUUCGAAGAAACCCAAAUGAAGCUGUUUGGGAGGACGCACCUGGACAUGGAAAGGAAUGGGGGCAUCUUUGCCUUUGCCCUGGGCCAUAACGAGAACAUCUCGGCACGGCCAUACUUCCCUCUCCCUGACCCUUGGAGCACAGGAUUCAGUGGACUGCCUGGACUAAACCAUGUGGCCCCAAUUUCUGAGGCUAGCAACUAAACCAGUUCUACCCAUGUACUGGGUGUGGUACGUUCCGUACCAUUCUUAAAGAGUGAACGACUCUCUCUGAUUCUCACCUGCUGUCUCUCAUCAUCUCACUCCAAAGAAACAAUUGGUCGCCCAUGUGAAUCUAGACUGUGCCGUAGGAUGGUAGGCGGAGCCACACCCAAACAGGCAAUGGACAUUCUUCUGAAUGAGGUGCUGCUGUUGGUACUAUUCUGUGAUUGUACUAGGAAAUGUAGGUUGAG